GUUUGUACAACCGUUAGAACUCCCAAACAACUUUUAACAAAGUUUAUUUUCUUGGAGACGUUUCAUCUUAAACGGCAAAAUGAGUCAAGUUUUCAUCUCGGUCUGCGCACUGGUAUUUUGUUUUCUGCUGAUAGAAGUGAGAGCCACCAAUACCACAACAUCCAAUUCAUCAGCUCCUAUCUGUAAUGAUAAUAGCACCGUGAAUGGAAGCUCCGCGAACAUGACAGGAAACACCACAGCAUGCAGUCCAUCUAUAUCGUACUCUCUCACACCAAGCCCUUCUCCGACACCUACAGCUACUGCAGGUGCACAGGCAACUACAACGACCGCAGGAAGUGGAACACCGACGACCACUACAUCUUCUACUACUUCUACCCCGGGUGGUGGAGCCACACCUACCACAGCUGGAGCAAGCAAUGGAACCACUUCUACCACAGCUGGAGCAAGUAAUGGAACCACUUCUACCACAACUGGAGCAAGUAAUGGAACCACUUCUACCACAACUGGGUCAGGCGGUAGCACCGCAUCUAACACUGCUGGGUCAGGCACUACCACCGCAUCUACUACGACAGGAGCUGCCGGUAGCACCGCAUCUAACACGGCUGGGUCAGUCGAUAGCACCGCAUCUACCACGGCAGGAGCAGGCGGUAGCACUACUUCUACCACGGCUGGGUCAGGAAGCAGCACCGCAUCUACCACAGCGGUUUCAGGUGGUAGCACCACAGCUACUACAACUGGAGGAGACGGUGGAACAACAGCUGCAACUUCAGCAGGAGCAAUUCAGCCAACUACAACCUCUUCAUCUUCCAGUGGAAGUACCCAGACCCCUGGAGGUUCAAAUUCCACUACACAAAGUCCAACUGGAGAAAUGCCAACAACCAAAGCAAAACUUCCUUACGCUAAAGCAACAAUUUCCGCACGACUUUUUGGCAUUUUUACUCAAGAUCUUAAAAACAAUAAUUCAGAUGGAUUCAAAAGUAAAGCCAAAGAAUGUGAAGAUGCCAUUUGUCCAGUCAUUACAGCAAAGUUCAAGAAUGGAUCUGUAAAAGAGUGUCGGGUGAAGGAGUUUAUCAAUGGAAGUAUAAUAGCAGUGAUGAUUGUAACCGUUGACAAAGAAAUCGCCAGCAUUCCACCAAAUACUUCCUACAAUAAUAUCAUAACCAACGCUCUUUUGGAAGCCAAUUCCACAGGCACCUUAAAGGGAUUGAAUCUUUAUAGUGUAAACGUCAACUCUGAGGUCCCCACACGUCCUCCACCUCCACCUCCAGCCCCGGAAGAUGACGAUGACGGUUUGGAAGGAUGGCAGAUUGCUCUUAUCGUUAUCUUUGUAUUGAUUCUUAUUUGCGUCAUCGUCUUUGUCGUCUUCUUGGUAAUGUACAAGAAAAAGACAGAGCCAGCCAAAGAAAUGGUCGACCGUGGUUGUAACAUGGGAGCAUCAAACCCGGCAAUGUAUGGCGACGCAGAGGACAAGGUAUAAUCCAUCAAACACGACGAACAUCUGAAAGACUUGCCCAAAUCAAACAAACGUAUUAUUAGUAUAGAUUAGUUUUUAGAACAUUUUAGAAGAUUAUAGUAAAGUAGACUAUAGAAUUCUUGACAUCUUGUCCUUCCUAUUGUGAACAAUUGGAAUAACAAAAGUAAGAGAAUGAAASAAAGAAAGAAGGCAUGUCAGAGCACGAGGCUCACUGAAUUUAAAGAAAUUUUCAAUAGACAAAUGAGGGAAAUUUUUCUUCAUUCUUUAGAUAGCUAGCCUUUUCCAUCAUGGAUCUAGAAUCUAAGAACAAUAUUUUUUUUUCUAAUCAACACAAGCAAUCGAAGUGUUAAAUUUGGGGAACAUCAUUUUCCCAUGUCAGAACUGAAAAAGUAUCAUUCUCUUGAAAAGGAACUUGUUUGUUUCACAUUCAUAUGUUUUAAACGCUCGUCAAGAAUAGGCAAUGACACGUUGUCUCAAAUAGGUAAAAUUACGGCCAAGCUAAAAAGGGUCUGUUUUGAGAUUUGCUCAUAAAGGAACUAUUUUUUUGUGCAUUUUACCUUUUUGUUCACAGAUGAAUUCAAAGAUUAGGGGGGAAAUUAGAUUAGUAAGAGAUACUUAAAAGAAUUCCAAAACCACUUAUUAAGUCUAUGAACAUCGGCAUAUACAAAAUUAUAAAUUAAUCUGCAUGAUUUUUAUCACAGAAUCAAGUGCUCUAAAUACUUUCCAUUGAGAUAACCUAUGACAUACUAGCAAAUGGCUCUAGUUUCGAAUUUUCUGUUGCUCGGGGUUAGCUUCAAUUUUGUUUAAAAUACUCAUGUGUUUCAUCCAGUGAUGAAGUUGUGGAAUUUCAAAGUCUCUUGCAUCGUUGAAGUUGCGCUGCUUUACUUUACUGUUGGAAAUUGUGAAUAUUUUAAUGCAAAUGAGUCUGCAUGUAAAAAUCCAAGAAGACGGCAGCAUCUCACGAAUUCGAAAAUGGUUGAUUUGCUUGUUAAUUUUAUAACUCAUUAUUUAUCAACACAAAUUCAACCAACUCUCUCACUUGUACAAAUUCACUUCAGACAUUUUAGUAACGUUAUGUAGAAAAGGAGAUAAAAGUAUUGUAUUUUAGAUGGAUUUAAUCAGAUAAAGUCAUACGUGGAGUCACCAGCAAUACACGCCUUUUAACCGUGGCCAUUACGCUACGGCGGCCAUUUUGAAUUAAGACGUUUUAUAUGGGAUGCCGAAGGGAUAACUACUGGAAAAUAUAUAGAUAGCUGUUAGGGAGUCUUUUUAUAUGACUUUUUGCUUUUCAAUAAGAAGCACAUCUAAAAAGCAAUUGAAUUUGCUGGUAGUUGCUGGAACAACUCGGAUGUGAAACACUAAGACUUUCGAUUAUUUUAUAAAGAGGAACCCCUCCCUCUGUAAUAAUUUAUAAGAAUUUUCUAAUUUUUGCCGCCUCGGCAUCCGGCAUAAUUCAAGAUGGCCGCAGAGACUAAAUUCAGUGCUUUUAGGAGCGCAUGAAAAGGAUUUUUAUGCUUGUAAAAGUACUAAUAGUUUUAUAGAUAUUUAUCAGUCCAAGCAGCACUGCAAAAAUGAUUGAAUAAAUUAACCUGAAAUAUUAAACACAUAUGUAGACGAUA